UGGUGCUUAGUCGUUUCCUAGACAACAGAGACGCUGACACUACAUUCGCUAAUCUGUACACGAGGUGUCGUCUGCCACAGACCUAGUUUAUAGUUGAAGAGCUGCAUUUUGAAUUGUGAACUGGUUUCCGGACUUAUAAUUAGUAUUUCGUUGGCAUAAUGAAUGAGAACAAGGCGACAGAUUUACACGAGAACGGGAAAGAACAAAAUCAAGCUCUAAAUGCAUUGCGGUGGUGUAUUGAAGACAGAAAAUCCAGACACUGCAGCAGAAGUUUUAUACCACAUGAACAAGGAGAGGAGAGAAUGUUUACAUCUCACAUUUUCAAGAAUGAACUGCACUUCAGAAACUAUGACCCAGAGUGGAAGUCUAGUGUACGCUGGCUGCCAGAACCCACAUAUCCACAUGCUCCAUUUCCAGAUAUUAAAGCAUGCAAGUUUCCUGAUGAGAUUAGACUGGCUCGAAGUUUUCCAUAUGCAAACAGGGAAUCUGAUUCUGAAUGGACAUUUUAUCCUGAUUUUGGACUUCCAGUAACUUACCAUGUGGGGAAAAAAUGCAACUUUAAUGGAAAAUACCUUGCAAACCAAGAAAAUGUAAAAGAGAUAUCAUUACCACAACUGUUAGGAAGAAAGCAAUUUGUUUCUGAACCCAGAAAUAGGAUCCCUGAGACAUCUGGUGGAGACAAGCCCUAUUAUAACCCUGAAUAUAGCACUGGAUUUCACAAGAUGGGAUCAACAAGACCAGUGGUAAACUUUGGUGGUCCACGGAAAGUGAAGAUAGACACAUUUAUUCCAUUGCAGCAUUUGCCUCAGAUCCCAUGCAUGUCAUAUUGGCAGAAACAGAGGCUGUAUCAUCAAGAAAAAGAGAAGAUGGAAGUGAAACAGCUAGAUGAAUGGAGAGCUGCUACACCAGUUUUUCUCUCAGUGAUGAAUCAUUAGACUGAAAAAUAUUUAACAGAAAUCUGCAGGCAUUAAGUUCUUGCAUUUGGAAGCUUUGUUACAAACACUCUAAAAUGCAUAUGUUAUGUUUACUUUUUCAUUAUUUCUUAUGCUAAGUUUGAAAAUAAAGUAAAUGCAUUGUUCUUGUGCUCUAAAGUUUUAAAUUAUGGGGUCAGACAGAAAAUGAAAUUGAUUUCAUUUGAUUUCUUUAAAGUCUGAUAUUUCUGAUCAUAUAAUGCAUGCUGUUUACUUUGUCCUUCAUUUGUCCUGUGAGUACUGUAAGAUGUUUCAUCCUGUUGGACAUCUACAGUUUAGAGCUUUACUGGUGGACUUCUUCGACUGUGAAGUUUCAUUUAAAAGAAAUGAAAGUCUACAUUUUAAAAGUGUAAGGUCACCCUGAGAGAGAAGCAGGAGAAACAUUACAAAUAUGAAGUAAUCACUAGCUUUACUUUACAUUAUUCUACCCGACUGAAUUGACAAAGAUAAAUAACCUUCCAUGGAAUGUCUUUGUAUAGUAUUAGAUUGGCUGUAAGAUUACAGAUGUUACCCACCACAGAAUUGAGUGUCAUUCAUUCUUUGAUAUCAAUUUUGUGUAUUCUGCUUCAUGGUGGGUUUUUGAACAUUUUGCCAUCUGGCUGUUUAAGUGUCUGUGUAUGUUCACAUCAGUUAUGGUCAUUGAUUCAGCAUGCUAAUGUUGUUCAGUAUUUGUCUGCAGCUCAUAUGUUUUACUUUUUUUCCUUGCAGUUACUAACCUUGAUAAAAAGUCCUACAUUUGA